AGCUACGAACUAUGGGUUGAAGUAGUCAAUAUUGUUGUAUAUUUACUUAACAGAUUACAAACGAAGCAUGUUCAAGGAAGAACAGUACCAAUAAACGUUUAUUCUGGUGCAAAGCCUUUAGUCAAGCAUUUAAAUAUCACUUGCUUGCUCCAAGUCUUACAUGCUCAUUUUCCAACAAAUUCUCCAAGUCUUCCCUAGCUCAUUUCCAAGUCAACUUGUGAAUCAAACGCGUUCUUUUAGAUGUUGAUACAUGACAUGUAUAUAUUGUGAAUGCGGUGUAGCUGUGCAAGAUUAAGAACUUAUACCGUACUAAUAGUGAACCCGGUUGUUGUCGAGAGAGUUCAUUACUUGUUCCUCAAAAUAACUGGGAAUUUGGUAUGGCUCCAGUUGAUUUGUUCUGUUUCCUCUUGUUCUCUCACCUUGUACUCAUUCACUCUGCUGGUUAUGGAAAUGGGCACCAAGAUUGUCCACUCUUUUACUUGUGGCCGUCUUGGGACUUUCUAUUACCCUUUCACCAAGGCAGAACAACCACACUGUGGCUUGCUACCGAUACAUGAUUGUGAUAAUCCUCAUUCACCCAUUAUAACGAUCCAGCUGGAGAAAAAUGGAAAAAACUUAGAGCUUAAUGGCGUCGUGCAGCAGAAUGCCAUUACAAUUUUGGAUGAAGAUUUUCAUAGGAGUUUACAACAAAACACUUGCCGCACUUUGAACAAUAAUUAUAGUCUUCCUUCUCCUUCUCCUUUGUAUUCUAUUUAUAUAAAAUAUAACGUAACCCUGUUCCGAUGCAAACAGGGCCUCAAAAUCAACCAACCACCAAAACAUUAUUUGAAAUACCCGUGCCAUGGCUAUGAGUAUGAUAUUUAUUAUGACAGCCUUCCCUCUCCAAAUAAUGAGGAGGCUCAUAACUUAUUCUCAUCCUGCUCAGUUUUUCUGUUACCAUCAAAAGACGAGACGAAUACCAAAGACAUUCUAUCGUUUGUAACUGCUGAGAUGGUUCUUGAAGUAGUAUUAUCUAAUGAUUGUGAUGAGUGCUAUAAUCACAGAGGAGGCCAAUGUCGGCUUGACAACAAUCAAAAGUUCUACUGUGACACAGGGAAAACCGGAAAGAAGUUGCUGGUAGUGGGCCUAGUGGCAGCAGCUUCGGUCUUGGUGAUUGCUGGAGUUGUAGUGCUGGUGGUGGUUAUGGCCUGCUUCAGGAGAAAGAUCUUUCUGAGGGAGAAUCCAACCCAUCGGAUUAUUGAGGGGUUUCUGAAGGAACAUGGACCCCUUCCAACAUCUAGGUACAAUUAUUCAGAGGUUAAGAAAAUGACCGACUCUUUCAGAAAUAAAUUAGGCCAAGGGGGAUUCGGUACUGUAUACAAAGGGAAGAAGCUGCAUGAUGGUCGUGUUGUUGCAGUGAAGAUUUUAAAUAAAUCAGAUGGCAACGGAGAAGAAUUCAUAAAUGAAGUUGCAAGUAUUAGCAGGACUUCACAUGUUAACAUUGUUCGACUUUUGGGAUUCUGCUUGGACGGUUCUAAACGAGCUCUAAUAUAUGAGUUUAUGCCUAAUGGAUCUCUUGACAAGUUUAUAUAUGAAGAGAAAAGUCCGCCACAAGUUGCUCACCAAUUGCAUUGCAAAAUAUUGUAUGAUAUUGCAAUUGGCAUUGCUCGUGGAUUAGAGUACUUACACAGAGGUUGCAAUACUAGAAUCUUGCAUUUUGACAUAAAACCUCACAACAUAUUACUAGAUGAGGAUUUCUGUCCAAAAAUUUCAGAUUUUGGACUAGCAAUAUUACUUGAAAAAGAAAGUGCAGUAUCAAUAUUUGGUGCUAGAGGAACUGCGGGCUAUAUUGCGCCAGAAGUUUUUUCGAGGAAUUUCGGUGUAGUAUCACACAAGUCAGAUGUUUACAGCUAUGGAAUGAUGAUCUUAGAAAUGGUUGGAAUGAAAAAUAAUAUCAAAGCUGAAGUAAACCGGUCGAGUGAAAUAUAUUUUCCUCAUUGGAUUUACAAUCGUCUUGAAUCAGAUCAAGAACUUGGUUUACAAAAUAUAAGAAAUAAAAGUGAUGACAACACGGUGAGAAAGAUGACAAUAGUGGGCUUAUGGUGUAUACAAACGUACCCUUCAACUCGACCAGCCAUAAGUAAAGUGGUGGAAAUGUUAGAAAGUAAAGUUGAGUUAUUGCAAAUUCCACCUAAACCUUGUUUGUCUCCAGUUCAUUUGUCAUGUGAGACAUUGUAGUUCAUGAGAAUACUAGUAUGUAGUCUAUGCUGCAGUAUAUUGCAUUUAUUACUGGUAUUUGUCGCUUUUAUUAUAAAUUGAUGUGUAACCGCGUUGUAACGUGUAAGGUAGCAGCCACUUGAGAACACUUAUACUCUAUACCUAUUUUGGAAAUAGUUGGAUGAAGAUCGAAUGAUUAACAGA